GACUUCGACAUCCUAGCAAUCCAGGAACCGUACAUCGAUCACCUUAAACUAACGCGAGCGAACCCGCGAUGGACGGUAGUAUAUCCGACCGGACACCACGACCAAGCAGACAAAACGCGCUCUAUCCUCCUCAUCAACACUCGCAUCUCAUCCAACGCAUGGCGCCCAAUCGCAGUCCCAUCACCGGACGUCUCCGCAGUUACGAUCAUCUCGCGCGGCCGCAAUGUACAUGUCUUCAACCUCUAC